AUGAGCCUCCGAAAUCCUCAUUAUGGUCGAGGUGUGGUGUCUAGGGUUGCGGCUGAUCAUUCCUCCCUUGCACCUCGCGGAAUGCUCCCGUACGACCAAGCGUCUCAAACAGUCUCUGUUGAGGAAUUCCUACUCACUGCCUUCUCGUUGCAGACGUGUUUACCCACCAAAGAGGCAUCCACAAUUCAAAAGUGCGAUGAUGAUGAUGAUGAUGAUGAUGAUGAUGAGGAGGAGGAGGAGGAGGAGGAGGACGACGAUAAGGAUGAUGUAGUUGAUGCCUAUUAUUAUUCCAUUCAACUCAGUGGUUCCGCGGUCCCGAACUGA